AUGAUCAACAUCCCGAACAAUCGUCAAGCCAUCCGCGCCUUACACUCACCACAAUCUAUACUCAUAGUCGGCUGCGGCAUAGCUGGUCCUGUAUUAGCGACUCUACUUCUCUGCUCAACGAGAUCAAGACCGCUCCCAAACAUCACGAUUGUCGAGCGCAAUCCCACCGCCCUCGGCUCUGGCCAAAACAUCGACCUUCGCGGUAUCGGCAAGCAUGUUGUUCGUCUUCUUGGACUACAAGACGAGAUCAAGGCGUCUACUACUGGUGAAGAAGGCGUCAAAGUUGUUGAUGCGAAGAACAGAGUCUGGGCUCAAUUCGCUGCAGACAAGACUGGUAAGGUAGAGACUGGUACCUCUGACGUGGAGAUUUUACGAGGCAGACUUGCAGAGAUUCUGCUGGAUAAUUGCAAGAGAAAGAGCAAGGAAGUACAAGACAAUGGCGGGAAAGGUAUUGAGUUCAUUUUCGGCGACAGCAUCGAGGCUCUUGACCAGGAUCAGACCGACAACAAGGUCCAUGUUUACUUUGCCAAAAGAGGUCGUCGCGCCUUCGACAUUGUUGUUGGCGCAGAUGGUCUACACAGCAAAACCCGCAGACUUGCCUUCGGCCACCAACAGGAUGAUUGUAUCAAACCUUUGCACAUCCGCGGUGCUUUCCUCAGUACCGCAAAGUUACCUGGAGACGGCGAAUGGAGAUCUUGGUUCCACGCUCCAGGCGGUGUUAGCGUCAUGCUUCGACCAUCCGGCACCAAAGAAAGAAGCACUGUACUUGUACUCAUGGCUGAUGACAGCGGUGUCUUUGACAAGGAGAUGGAUGUCGCAGCUCAAAAGCAAGCGGUUUUGAAAAAGCUCAGCGGAGUCGGCUGGCAGGAGGAAAGGCUCAAGAAAGCCGUGCAAGAGGCCGACGACUUCUACUUCGACAUUACUGCUCAGACCAAGCUAGACUCAUGGAGCAAAGGCAGAGUUGUAUUGCUCGGAGAUGCAGGAUACUGCGCUUCCCCUUUUUCAGGAAUGGGUACUACGCUGGCACUGGCUGGAGCUUAUCAUCUCGCCGGCUCACUAAUGGAAAACGAGCACGAAGCGGCGUUCAAGGAGUAUGAAGAGAACAUGCGACCACUUGUUCACAAGGCGCAAAAGUUGCCUCCAGGGAUGCCGCAUCUGAUUCAUCCAAAGACGGUGUGGGGAGUCUGGCUUUUGAGAUUACUUGCUGCGGCCAUGUAUUGGUCCGGCUUGAUUGGUCUCAUGUUCAGGCUCAAAGGUCCACCAGCACAAAUCAAGGAGUCGAGGAGGUAUAUCUUCAAGAUGUAG